GGCCUGGAGCAGGAUGUCCUCCAGGCCAUCGACCGGGCCAUCGAGGCCGUGCACAACACAGCCAUGCGGGAUGGCGGCAAGUACAGCCUGGAGCAGCGUGGCGUCCUCCAGAAGCUGAUCCACCACCGGAAAGAGACCCUGUCUCGCAGAGCACCCUCAGCCUCCAGCGCCCUAACUAUGACCCCAUCAACUAGCGAUCAUCAUUUGGAUGCCACCGCCAGGCAGCCCAACGGGAUGUGUCGAGCUGGGUUCGAGCGGCAGCACAGCCUGCCCAGUUCGGAACACCUCGGGCCGGAUGGCGGACUCUACCAGAUCCCUCCGCAGCCUCGCCGCGCAGCACCAACCACACCGCCCCCACCCGUGAAGCGCCGAGACCGAGAGGCCCUGAUGGCCUCGGGGAGCGGCAGCCGGAACGCCACGCCCUCCGGGACCAGUUCUGUGUCCAGCGGCUCCUCAGUCAGCAGCACCUCCCUGGACACGUAUACUGGCUCCAGCCCGUCAGAGCCAGGCCCCAGCUGCUCGCCCACGCCCCCACCUGUGCCCCGCCGGAGCGCCCACACCACAGUGUCCCAGGCCCAACCCUCCCCCAACAAGGCUCCCACCCCUGAGCCCCCUGCAGAGGAGGAGGCAGCUCGUGCUCCCUCAGCUCCAGAGGACCUAGACCUGGGUGCACUGAGCCUGGGGCCCGCAGAAGAGAAGGCCGUGGCCGAGUCGGCCGUGCCGAGGACCAUCGGGGCGGAGCUGAUGGAGCUCGUGCGGAGAAACACCGGCCUGAGCCACGAACUGUGCCGUGUGGCCAUCGGCGUCGUGGUGGGCCACAUCCAGGCCACUGUGCCAGCCAGCUCACCGGUCAUGGAGCAGGUCCUCCUCUCGCUGGUGGAGGGCAAGGACCUGAGCACGGCUCUGCCCUCAGGGCAGGUCUGCCACGACCAGCAGAGGCUGGAGGUGAUCUUCGCAGACCUGGCCCGGCACAAGGAUGAUGCCCAGCAGCGCAGCUGGGCCCUGUAUGAGGACGAGGGUGUCAUUCGCUGCUACCUGGAGGAGCUGCUGCAUAUCCUGACCGAUGCCGACCCUGAAGUCUGCAAGAAGAUGUGCAGGAAGAACGACUUCGAGUCUGUCCUGGCCUUGGUGGCCUAUUACCAAAUGGAGCACCGGGCAUCUCUGCGGCUGCUGCUCCUCAAGUGCUUUGGCGCCAUGUGCGGCCUGGACGCGGCCAUCAUCUCCACGCUCGUGUCGUCCGUGCUGCCGGUGGAGCUGGCCCGGGACAUGCAGACGGACACCCAGGACCACCAGAAACUCUGUUACUCCGCCCUCAUCCUGGCCAUGGUCUUCUCUAUGGGGGAGGCGGUGCCCUAUGCACACUAUGAGCACCUGGGCACGCCAUUUGCCCAGUUCAUGCUGAGUGUUGUGGGGGACGGGCUGCCCAUGGACACCACGGAGCAGCUGCCGGACCUCUGUGUGAACCUGCUGCUGGCUCUCAACCUGCACCUGCCAGCCCCCGACCAGAAUGUCAUCAUGGCUGCCCUGAGCAAACACGCCAACGUCAAGAUCUUCUCUGAGAAGCUGCUGUUGCUCCUCAACAGAGGGGAUGACCCUGUGCGCAUCUUCAAGCACGACCCCCAGCCGCCACACUCCAUCCUCAAGUUCCUGCAGGACGUGUUCGGCAGCCCCGCCACGGCCGCCAUCUUCUACCACACGGACAUGAUGGCGCUCAUCGACAUCACUGUGCGCCACAUCGCCGACCUGUCGCCCGGAGACAAGCUGCGCAUGGAGUACCUCUCCCUGAUGCAUGCUGUGGUCCGCUCCACACCCUACCUGCAGCACCGCCACCGGCUGCCCGACCUACAGGCCACACUGCGCCGCAUCCUGAGCGAGGAGGAGGCAUCGCCCCAGUGCCAGAUGGACCGUAUGAUUGUCCAGGAAAUGUGCAGGGAGUUCCCAGUGCUGGGCGAGGCCCCUAGUUAGCACCACCCCAUCCUCCCUCCCCUGCAGCCCUGUCAAGGUGCAGGGGGCUUGGGGCGUGGCCCUAAGAACGUUUUGCACUGACAGUGAGAGAGCGAGGUGGUAAAAGGGACCCAAGCAGGGCCCCCAACCUGAAGCAGAGCCAGCGCAGGGGCCCAGCAUAGGAUUAGGGACCACGAUUUGGGGCUGGGGGCCCGUGUAAGCUGAGGUCCCUCUGGCCCCGGUAGGCAGCCUCUUCAGCAUGCCUCGCUCCACCCACGCCCACACGCUCACUCGGAGUCCUGCUGCUGCCACUGUGUCCUGGGAGCCAGGAGCACCCCCAGCAGUCCAUCGUCCUCUGCCUUAGCUUUGCAGUGAGUGCUACUCUUGUGCUCUGCCCCCACCCCCAGAGGCCUUGGCCAAGUGCUGCUUUGAAAGCGGGUCUUGGAAACGGGCCAUCAGUCCCGGAGUCUCAGAGAAUGGGACGAUGGCAUCAAAAAAGCCAAUGACAGGCUCUAUUUUCUCUGAAAAUGUAGGCUGAAAAGCCAUGCGUAUUUUCCUGUUGCUGCAGCUCACCUUUGGAAAUAAAUUGUGGGCAUCUGGAAA